UGUGCCCUCAUCGAGAAGAAGAGAAUAUAGGAAUAUAAGAACUAAGAUGGAUUGGAUCGGAGCGUACCGCGGAGGCCAGAGAAGCAGGGACUGGUGCGACCCUUCAUCACCAUUCACUGAUUUGUGGGACCCUCGUCGUGUCGGUGACGCUGAUGAUAUCACCUCCUCUCUCGCCCAUGCUCACGUUGACUGGCGUGAGACUGAUAAAGCUCAUAUCUUCCGUGCUGAUCUUCCAGGGGUGAAGAAAGAGGAUCUGAAGGUGCAGGUGGAGGAGAAUAAGAUCCUGCAGAUAAGCGGGGAGAGGGUGAAGGAGAAGGAGGACCAGAACGACAAGUGGCACCGCGUCGAGAGGCAGUGCGGAAGCUUCCUCCGCCGCUUCCGGCUGCCGGAGGAUGCCAACCCCAACCAGAUCAGCUGCACGCUCGAAAACGGGGUGCUGAACGUCACCGUGCCCAAGGUGGAGAAGAAGCCGGAGAACAAGAACGUGAGGCAGAUUGAUGUGGUUUGAUGAUGAUGGAGCAUCAUGAGGACUUGUAAUGUUUGAAUGAGUUUUGUGUUAUGUGUGUGUGCGCAACUGUGCAUAUUACUGUACAAGUUAAUAACUACGUGUCUGCCAUAUGAAUCAAUGUAAGUUUGAUAUGAAUGGGAGGAAACUUUGUUUGCAUAGUUUGGGAAUUUUUUUUCUUUUUCUUUUCUUUGUUUUCAUCUUAUUAAUUAAGGUGGGAGUUGUGCACUGUCUUGAUGCUUGUUCUCUUCAAUAAAUGGUAAGACUUUUUUUCUUUUGUUAA